GACCCGUGUGGGAUCGAGGAGAUGAAAUAACAAAAGUGUCAGGAUUGUUAUCCUCGUUUUUUUCCUUCUGUCUUUUGAGGGUUUUCCGGUUUGGAAACGUCGGGAUCAAACCUUUGAGAGUCAGCUCCUCUCUCUCCACUGGAACCACUGUAACCUCCUCACACUGGAAAUAUAAGCUGAAGUCAUGGAGAAGUCAAGACGGGGACAGCAGUUUGCCCUCAGCCUCCUGUUCGGGCUGUUGUUACCGAGCUGCGUGACCCAGACGACGCCGUCAGCUGCAGCCACGACGGCGGCAGCGGCGACCCCCUCUCGGACCCCCCCGCCUCAGACAGAGCGGCUGAAGGUCCGACUGACUGGAUACCCCCGAAAACACAACGAGGGCCGCGUGGAGCUCUUCUACAAGGGGGAGUGGGGAUCCAUCUGUGACGAUGACUUCUCCAUAACCAACGCCAACGUGCUCUGCCGCCAGCUGGGCUUCGUGUCCGCCACAGGAUGGACACACAGCGCCAAGUACGGCAAGGGCCAAGGGAAAAUCUGGCUGGACAACGUGCAGUGCAGCGGGGGGGAGAAGAGCAUCGAGCACUGCAGGUCUCGUGGCUGGGGCAACAGCGACUGCACCCACGACGAGGACGCCGGCGUCGUGUGCAAGGACGAGAGGAUUCCCGGCUUCUCCGACUCGAAUGUCAUCGACAGCCAGAUGGACGAGAACAAAGUGGAGGAGGUUCGACUCCGGCCCGUCGUCGCCACGGCCAAAAAGAAGGUGCCGACCACAGAGGGUGUGUUGGAGGUGAAAUACAAAGAUGGCUGGGCCCAGAUCUGCGACCUGGGAUGGACGAUCAAAAACACCCGGGUGGUCUGCGGCAUGCUGGGAUUCCCCCACGAGAGGAAAGUCAACAAGAACUUCUACAAGUUGUAUCUGGAGCGUCAGAAGAACUACUUCCACCUCCACUCGGUGGCGUGCACGGGCACUGAGGUCCACCUGGCAGCCUGCCCCCUGGAGUUCAACAAGCCCAACGCCACCUUUCCCUGUGCCGGCGGCAUGGCGGCGGUCGUCAGCUGCAUGCCAGGGCCGCUGUUCACGCAAAACAGGAACUUGAAAAAGAAACUUAAACUUUCGAGCAACGUGAGGCUGAAGGGAGGAGCCAGACUGGGCGAGGGCCGGGUGGAGGUGCUGAAGGACAACGAGUGGGGGAGCGUGUGCGACGACCGCUGGAACCUGCUGUCGGCGAGCGUCGUGUGCAGGGAGCUCGGCUUCGGGAGCGCAAAGGAGGCUCUGACCGGAGCCCGCAUGGGACAAGGGAUUGGUCCGAUCUACAUGAACGAGGUGAAGUGCCUCGGCCAGGAGAAGUCCAUCUGGAACUGCCCCUUUAAAAACAUCUCAUCCGACGACUGCAAACACAUGGAGGACGCCGGCGUCCGCUGCAACAUUCCCUACAUGGGCCUGGAGAACUCGAUACGGCUCACGGGGGGACGGACCCGCUACGAGGGCCGUGUGGAGGUGCUGAGCUCGGACUCCAACGGGACCCGGAGUUGGGGUCUGAUCUGCGGAGAGAGCUGGAGCACCAAGGAGGCCUCGGUGGCGUGCAGGCAGCUGGGCCUGGGCUACGCUAACCAGGGCCUGCAAGUCCGGAUAGUGGGCGGUCGCAGCAGCUAUGAGGGCCGGGUGGAGGUUCAGGUUGGGUCCAGGUGGGGCACAGUGUGCAGCACAGGCUGGACCACGAGGGAAGCCAUGGUGGUUUGCAGGCAGCUAGGGCUCGGCUACUCCAUGCAUGCCAUCACCGAAACCUGGUACUGGGACAGCAGCAACGUGACGGACAUGCUGAUGAGCGGCGUGAAGUGCUCGGGGAGCGAGAUGGCGCUGAGUCAGUGUCAGCAUCACAAAACCGUCAGCUGCCAGAAAGCAGCGGCCAAGUUUGCAGCCGGAGUCAUCUGCUCGGAGACGGCCUCUGACCUGGUCCUGAACGCCCCCGUGGUCCAGCAGUCGGUCUACAUCGAGGAUCGGCCCCUGCACAUGCUCUACUGCGCCGCCGAGGAGGACUGCCUGUCGCAGUCUGCAGCCAAGGCCAACUGGCCAUAUGGACACCGACGGCUGCUCCGCUUCUCCUCCCAGAUCCACAACAUCGGCCGGGCCGACUUCAAGCCAAAGGCCGGGCGCCACUCGUGGGUCUGGCACGCCUGCCACGGCCACUACCACAGCAUGAACAUUUUCACCCACUACGAUCUGCUGAACUCCAAUGGUACCAAAGUGGCCGAGGGACACAAAGCCAGUUUCUGUCUGGAGGACACGGACUGUCAGGACAGUGUUUCUAAAAGAUACGAGUGCGCUAACUUUGGCGAUCAGGGAAUCACUGUGGGCUGCUGGGAUUUGUAUCGUCACGACAUCGACUGCCAGUGGAUCGACAUCACAGACGUCAAACCUGGAAACUACAUCCUGCAGGUUGUGAUCAACCCCAAUCAAGAAGUGGCCGAGAGCGACUUCACCAACAACGCCAUGAAAUGCAACUGCAAAUACGACGGCCAACGGAUCUGGCUCCACAACUGCCACAUUGGUGACGCGUUCAGCGAAGAGGCCGAGAGGAGGUUCGACAAAUACCCGGGACAGCUGAAUAACCAGAUCUCUUAAAAACAACCACAAUAUGAGGAUGAAUAAAUAAAAUCACACCUCACUAGCUCAAAAACAAAAGACACCGAUUCUUCAUUUUCAGGUGUCUCGUAUGUCUCAGAAUAUUUGUAAUAUGCAGUAUUUGCAGUAUUUUCCUCUGGUGAAUGUGUUUUUAUACUUGAAUAUUCAAGUGCUAAUGUUUUUGUGGAUUUUCUUUUUUCAGUCUAAUGUGAGCAAACAAAAUGGAGUCAGGUUUUAUACGGCCAGUUGUAAAGUCUGCGUGCGACAUAUGCACAGCUUUCUUUUGAAUGUGUUAUGAAUGAGGUUGUACUUUGUCAUAUUUUUUUAUAACCAGAUUUGUUUGACUCAGAACGAGCAGGUUCAGAUUCAGCUGAAGUGUGAUCAUUUCAUUGUGUUUAAAGGAAAGUGGAAUACGACUCAGUGGAGUUUCACCUCAUGAAACCAGGUUUAAAUCCACCAAAUCCAGAUCUUUAUACACCGAACACUCAUAGAUAUCGGUCCUGUGAACACGUCAGAUUAUUCUCACUAAAAUCCAUGAAUUUCCUCCUGGGAAACUAGAAGGGCCCUCAGAGAGCACACACCUCCGCCAAGGCUAACGCCCGAUGUGAAGCAAAGAUCUGAGGCAAGACCAGGGACAGACUCACUGGGGAUAAUGGGAAACAGUGAAGAACUUUCCUUCACCAAAAACCUGCAACGUUCUCUGAGCAAAACAUGAGACUUUGAACUGGAGUGUUUACAUGAAGAAGUCAUAUCAAACGUGCUAUGUUAUGAAUGUAUUUAUUACCAAUAUCGAGGUGCUCGUCCGUUAUUGUCAGUUUGCUUCGGAACCGGUUUGUUAGUCCGUGUGUAUUUUAUAAUCGUAGUCGUUUAGAGUCGAGACGUUACUUAACACAAAACUACAACUACCCCGAAGAGUUGCUGUUUGUUUGCUGAUGUAAUCACACCUGCCGCACCGAAUAAAAAGGAGAGGAACAAUAA